AUGGCUGGGUACGCUCUUUGCCCCUCAAUCCUCGCUGUCUCUUCCUCAGCCUCGUUCCUGGGCCCGGUGGGGACUUUGCUGGCUUUGGCUACAGGUACGGCUCUUUGCUCGGGCGCAGCAAAUGCUAUCAACCAGCUGCGAGAGAUUCCAUAUGAUGCACAGAUGGCUCGUACACGUAAUCGGCUUCUACCAUCUCGUGCCAUUACCCCGCUGCAAGCCGCAAGCUUCGCCGGCGUCUCAACAGUCGGCGGCGUAGCAACCCUGGCAAUGCUGAACCCUCUCACUGCCUUCCUCGGUCUUUCCAACAUCUUUCUGUACGCAUUUGUGUACACCCCGAUGAAGCGGCGGCACAUCGCCAAUACCUGGGUAGGCGCCAUUGUCGGCGCCCUACCUCCUUUGAUGGGCUGGGCAGCCUGUACCGGCACCCUCGAUCUCGCCACCGAUGCUCCUGCCUGGUGUCUCGCCGCGCUACUAUUCGCCUGGCAAUUCCCUCACUUCAACUCCCUCUCGCACAAUCUCUCUUCCGAGUACGCAAGAGGUGGAUACAGAAUGAUGUCCGUGACAGACCCAGCGCUGAACCGUCGUACCUCGUUGCGGUACGCCCUCGCUCUCCUCCCCAUCUGCUCCGUCGCACUUCCCCUGAGCGGAGCAGUAGCUGCCUUGCCCUACGCUCUGCUCUCUCUGCCUCCUAAUCUGGUACUGGUACAGGCUGCAUGGGGCUUCUGGAGAAAGGGGACAGAGAAGAGUGCAAGGUGGUGCUUCUGGGUCAGCUUGAUUCACCUGCCAGCAGUGAUGAUUCUUGCCAUGGCAACAAAGAAGAGUCUUUGGGAUGGAGUGGCAGAGUGGAUUGCCAGUCUGCCAGGAGAAGAGGUGGAGGAAAAGGUAGAAGGAACGGUACGAAGCCGAGCGGAUGAGAGUCAGAAGGGCGCUGAGGAGUAAAUUCCAGCAUCGCAGGAGACAUAGGGAUCCAGACCUUGUUCGUCACUAUCGCCAUCGCCACUCUGUCCGCCGGCUUUGGAGCCUAGGGCCUUGACAUCUUCGGUCUCAUCAUCUCUGCCUGUGGUCUCCCUUUGUAUUUGUAUC